UAAAUAAAUAUAGCAUAAUCCUACACUUUCCUAUACAAUUAAGAGUUUAAUAUAUGUUUAAUUUUAUAUAAAAUUUAUAUAUAUAUAUACAUAUAUAUAUAUAUAAGUAUACCUAUAUAAUAAAUAAGUAAUCGAAUAUGGCGAUGCCUAUGGUGACGCAUCGUUUAGUAACAUCUUAUUUGCACAAAUAUUUUCAAAUAAUUUUAAGAGACAGUCUAAAAUAAAUAUUGUUAUAUUAUUUUCUUACUUCUUAAUAAUUAGAAUCUGCAAAUCUGGAUGAAACUAAGGAAAAAAUGAUCGCCGCCUCAGAACCGGUGGAAUAUAUUCCUGGUGGAAGACAAAUAAUUUUACGACAUCCUGAAUCAGCGACUAAUCAACAAUUAUCAAACAAUCAAACAGUUGAAGGAGAAAGUAUUUUAUUACAAAAAUUUAGUCAAGUAAACAUUUCAGAAACUUUACCAAAGGAAUUUUGGAUUGUACGUGAAAAUGAUACAUGUGGUGAAGAAGAAUUAUAUUGUUCAGGCAAAAUUGCAAUUCAUUCAAAGGGUAAUCAAACUACUAGAAUAUUGCAGACAACUUAUACUUGUGAAACAGAUAUUAAACAUGCACUAUGGUGCAAAUUUCAUACUAAUAUACCUGAUCAUUUAGCAAAAAGAAAAGAAAUAGAUGAGGAAGAUUAUGAUAAAACAAUAGAAUGCAUUUGUUUAAUUGAUUCAUAUACUCUUAAAGUAUUUACCAAUAUUGGAGAAGAUUAUGUAUCUAGUUUACAAUUUCAGGUAUCUGCUGUAUGGGCAACAAAAUAUGGUAUUUUGUUGGAAAAAACACAAGUCCCUAUAUCAGAAAUAAGAUAUACAUCAUUGGAAGGAAAUAGAUUACAAUUAAAAAAUGAUAUAAAUUUACCAGUAGUAUUUUCUCUUACACAUCCUUUAGAUGAAAUUUGUCCUGUACUUAUUAAACAUGGAAACAUAUCAUAUAUGUAUGAUUCAAAUCAACAAAUUAUAUUUACUAGUUCUGAACCAUCUUUGGCUGUGAUAUAUGAUACAAAGACUGGAUUACAUUCUGUAUAUAAAAUACGUAAAGCUUCAGUAGAAGAAUGUCAAGUAGUUUGUGGAAAUAAUGACACUACUACUAGUAUAUUUAAUCAAUCAGCAAGUGCAUCACCAUUAAACAUUGGAAAUAAUCUUUCCUAUAAAAGUACAAAUAAAGGACAUUUAAGUAUAUUUGGAGUUCCAAAUCCCCAAUUUAAUCUGGGAUUAGGAAUAUCAAAUAGUCCAUUUGGUUCUCGAACAUCUUAUACUACUACUUGCUCUGGAGGUCCUUCACCUUCGCAGCAACAACAACAACAUUCAAGAUCUCAGAGUCCAAUGGCAACUAUUUCACGUUGUCAAUCUCCUACUCAUUCUGCUUUUUCACCUUUACUUAGUGCACCUGCAAGUUCGAUUAUUCAUCAUACAAGGUUGCAACAAAUGACUUCUGUAUUAAAUCAUACACAAAAUAGUCUUCUAGGUAGCUGCAGUAAUAUACAGUUACAGGAUGUUAUAUCACCAAGUAAACCUUUGUACCCUGAAAUAUGUCUUGAUCAUGUAUGGACUGAAAAUGUGGGAAUUCCAAAGGAUAUUACAUCUAGUCGAGCAUCAAAAGUAUUUUUGUCAUCAGAUUUUGUGGGACAAAAUUACUUAUGUUAUUUAGUUCCACAUAAAUCUCAACUUUUUCUAGUAAGACUUGAAAAGACAAAUAAACAACAACAAAUUAUUUUUGGCAUGGUAACGAAUAUUGUAGCAAAGGGUGCUGUUAAUAUACCAAAUUUACAUAUAAUAGCAAUAAUGGAUUUAUCAAAUGGAGUGGUAUUAUAUUCAGGUGUAACUUGUAUCGGAAAAUUACAUGUAACAGGAAUACUUCCAAAUUUAACUGGAUGUAACUAUUUUUUAUCUAAUAUUAAUCAUAAAUUAGGUUCUCCUUUUCCACGACGAAGUUCCUUAAUUUCUCAAAAUUGUACUAUUUCUCAUGAUAUUAAAUUUGAAGAAGAAUUACAUUUAUUAAGUCCUGUAGGUGGUAAUUGUGCAAGACCACCUAUUUUAUUAGAAAAUCCUUUAGUAGAAACUAAUUUUCUCGUUUUAAAAGAAGCAGUCGGAAAUAAAAUUACUUUAGAAUAUGGAAGUAAAAAUUAUUUUCGAAUAACAUUACCGACAUCCAGUACCUCUCCUCUAGUAACCAAAUGUUUACAAACAUUAAGAGGUGUUUUACAAAAAGAUUUAGCAAUGCAAUUAUUAGUAAAAUGGUAUGGGGCACGAAAUGCUCCUGGACCUCAAGAUUUUUCACCAGAACAGGAAUGGUAUCUUUUUCUUGUAGUUUUAUUUACAUUAUUAGGAUAUGAAGUAGAAAAAUUGCAGUUAAUUCAAACAAAUGAAAAAGAUCAACUUGGUGAACGCAAUAGUCCUAUAGUGGUAUCAAAAAAGCAGAAAACAAACAAUUCUGGAUCGAAUGAUGACUGGAAAUAUAUGACAAAUUUUAUAAAAAAUGGAAAUUCACAAAUCUUUAUUUCAAAUAUUCUUGGUCUUCAAAAAACAUCUAAUAUAUUUCAAACAUCAAUAUCAUACAUUACAGAAUCAAAUAAUACAGGCAAAAUAAACGCACAAUCUAUUUUAUUUCCAUAUUUUCCGCUCAUUCUGUUUUCUUUACAUCUUUUAUAUGAAGAAUUAAAGUUAAAUAUUGUAAUGUCAGAAAGUUUACCUUUACUCGCACAAUUACUAUAUCAAUUAAGUUUGGAUUUAAGAUUCGAUAUAUAUUCUCAUCAUUAUUUUCUUGAUUAUCCAUCUAUAUAUUAUUUAAAAAAUGCUGCAUCUCAAAUGAAGGAUAUAGACUUGCAGAAAAUUAUUAUACCAAAUUAUGUACCAUCAAAACCACCAAAUGUGUUUGAAACAUUAAAUAAUUUACUAAAUGGAAUAGAAAUAACACCAUUUCCUUAUUUAAGUCAAGUAAAUCCGAAGACAAAAAAUAUAAUUUAUUUAAUGGCACUUAUAGCAAACGAAAAUCAAGUUAUUAUACAUGAAAUUGAUAAAUUUAUAAAGCAUAUAAUACCAGCUGGAAGUCGUAUAGAUUUUCAAGAAGGUGGAAAUAAAUUUGAAAAAGAAAUAUAUAAAAAUAUUGAAUGUUCUGCAAUAGAUAGAAUAGUUUUAUUGUAUCAUGAAUUAGGUAUGAAUAAAAAGGAUCUUGAAACAUUACCUCCUGGUAUAUCAUUAUUAUUAAAAGAUAUAAUGUAUAGAUGUAGAGAACGGCCGCCAUCAAAUUGGCCAAUGCAAGCUUAUGAAUUAGUAGAUCGACAAGAUUUAUCUGAAUUAGAUAAAUUACUUCUAUCAAAUCAUUUAGAAAAUGAAGGAAAAAACUAUUCAAUCAAAGAUCCUGAACAAGAUGAUGGCAUGGAAUUUGAUGAUGCUAUAUUGAAAUUGAGAUUUAACAAAGAUCAUAGGAUAGCAGAAGUUCGAAAACUCCUAAACUCGUCAAAACCGGUAAGAAUAGCAAUAGUUCAGAGGCCAGAUGUAAGUGAUCAUGAAUUUAUAGAAGAACAGGAGAAACAUUUACAUGCACUAUGCACAAGAACAAUGGCACUUCCAGUAGCUAGAGGCAUGUUUACACUCAGAACUUCAACUCCUAUUAUUACAGAACAAUUACCAAUUCCACGACUUUGUUUAACUGGAAAAGCACCUCCUCGUGGAACAACUGUAGAGCUAGCUCAUAUAGAUGUUCCACCAAAUAUGAAUUUAUGGCCAUUAUUUCAUAAUGGUGUAGCUGCAGGUCUUCGUAUUCAUCCAGAUGCAUCUAAUAUUGAUUCAACAUGGAUAGUAUAUAAUAAGCAACAACAAGGCGAAUUUGGUAUUGAACAUUCAGGAUUCUUAAUGGCUCUUGGUUUAAAUGGUCAUCUAAAAAAUUUAGCGCCUUUUAGUAUGUAUGAAUAUCUAGUUGAAUGUCAUGAGGCUACCAGUGUUGGACUUCUAUUAGGAUUAUCAGCAACUCAUCGUGGUACAAUGAAUGUUUCUAUGACUAAAUUAUUAUCUCUUCAUGUAGAAACUCUAUUACCUCCAACAAGUAUCGAAUUAAACGUUCAACAGAAUGUUCAAGUUGCAGCAUUGAUGGGAGUUGGUUUAGUAUAUCAAGGAACUGCUCAUAGACAUAUUUCAUAUGCUUUAUUAUCAGAAAUUGGUAGACCUCCAGGACCGGAAAUGAAAAACUGUAUAGAUCGAGAAUCUUAUUCUUUAGCAGCAGGUCUUGCAUUAGGUUUAGUAGUAUUAGGAUGUGGAAGUGGAUCAGAUUUAGCUAAUAUACCAGAUACUUUACAUUAUUAUAUGGUUGGAGGAUAUAUUAGACCUUUUACUGGAGCACAAAAAGAUAAAUAUAAAUCACCUAGUUACCAAAUAAGAGAAGGUGAUUCUAUAAAUAUUGAUGUGACAAGUCCUGGAGCAACUAUAGCUCUAGGUCUUAUGUAUUUUAAUACAGGCAAUAGAGCAGUAGCAGAAUGGAUGCAAGCUCCUGAUACUCAAUAUUUAUUAGAUUUUGUACGACCUGAUUUCUUAUUAUUGAGAAUAUUAGCAAAAUCACUUAUUCUCUGGAAUGAAAUUGAACCAACAAAAUCCUGGGUUUCUAGUCAUGUUCCUAAUAUCGUUUAUAAAUAUAGAUUACAAAAACCAACUUCAGAAAUAGGACAAAAUGUUGAUUUAGAAACUAUGAAUCAAGCUUAUUGCAAUAUAAUUGCGGGUGCCUGUAUGGCUUUGGGUUUAAAAUUUGCUGGAUCUGCCAAUAGAAAUGCUUUUAAAACUUUAUAUAAUUAUACCCAAAUGUUUACAACAUUAUCACAUAAAACUAUCGCCGAAUUAGCAGGAAAAUCAACUAUUGAAACCUGUUUAAAUGUUACUUUACUUUCUGCUGCAAUUGUAAUGGCGGGAACUGGAAACUUAGAAAUUAUGAGGAUAUGUCGACACAUACGGACACGAGUGGGACCUGCAAGUAAUGUUGUUACAUAUGGAUCUCAUUUAGCAACACACAUGGCUCUUGGUUUCCUUUUUCUUGGAGGAGGCAAAUAUACUCUUUCUAACAAUCCUAGUGCAAUAGCUGCACUUAUAAUUUCUCUUUUUCCAAAAUUUCCAACACAUAGUAAUGAUAACAGAUAUCAUUUACAAGCAUUGCGACAUUUAUAUGUACUUGCUGCCGAACCACGCGUAAUUUUACCUAAAGAUAUUGAUAGCAAUCAAUAUUGUUAUGCAACAGUACAAUUAACAUUUGAAUCAGAAAAAGAUGCCGAAGGACAAGAUUUAAUACUUCAGGCACCAUGCUUAUUACCACAAUUAUGUAAUAUUAAGAAAAUUGAACUAAAAGAUGACAGAUAUUGGGAAAUUAUUUUUGAAAAAGAUAAUAAUUGGCAACAGCUUGAAAAUAUGCUUAAAAAAUGUGAAAUGUUAGGUGUUAAGCAAAGAGCUGGUUGUCUACCAUAUACAGAAGAUCCACAUGGUUUUAGAAGUUUAAUCGCUCAAACGUUAACAACAGAAAAUGUUAUUGCAUGGGCUGCUCGUCCUGAAUGUGUAACUUCAUUUACAAAUGAUAAAACUAUUUUAAAUAUAGUAAAAUGUUUCUUACAAUUACCUAAAAAAAAUAAAAUUAAAAAUGAGAUUAUCAUAAAGGUACAAUCUUGUGGGAGCUCAGUUAAAAAUAGUUCUGGAUAUUUAUCUCAAAGUUUAAGUGAUACAUCUGAAAGAAUAAUAUGUGAUAGUUGGAAUGAGCAAUGUAAUUCUAAUGGAAAAGUGGAAAUUAUAGAAUUAUCUACUUUAAAAGAUACAAGUUAUUCAUGUAAAUAUGAAGAACAAUAUUCUGAAAUGUCAGAGUUUGAAAAAUACUUUUUACAUACAUUCGCUAUAAUUGUAUAUGAAUGUGUAAUAAAAGAUAAAGUUAAUCUUCUUCCUUUAUGGGUUAAUUUAAUAAAAAGUAUGGAAAUUAUAGAAAAAAAACCAAAUAGUUUUUCUAUAUGGCAAAUAAAACUUGUUUCAUCUCAAAUGUUAAAAAAAUCUUACACAGAAAAUAAAAAUCCAUUACUUGGUACAGAAAGCAUACUUGCAAUGAAGCAAAGAAUUUCAUAUAUUAUGGAUAGUUGGGAGCGCGAAUUAACAUCACAUAUUAAAUCUUAUUUAAAAAAUGGAAAAAUUGAUGGAAAUAUAUCAUUGUUACAAAAAAUGUGCACAUAUUUCGUGUUUUAUGACAUUCCAUAUAAAACGGAUUACCAAACAAUCUUGUCAUCAUUAUUAAAUACAGAGGUAAGGCUUAAAAUAUCUAAUGUAACAUUGUACAAAUUAUAUAGAAUAUUAAAGUCAAAUUAA